UCGAAAUCGAAUUGUCUUGUUUUUGACGAGGAAGUUGUGUCAUAAUUUGCGUUUCAAGUUUAUAUUCAUUAAUUAAGGUAUUUAAGUAUUUAAAACAAAAAGAUUAAUUAAGUGUUCUGGACUUGAGUACAUUAAAUUAUAUCAUAUAUGUGCAAAUUUACUUAUUCAGCUUGGAUCUGUAUAAUAGAACAAAACAAGGUCUUGUUUAAUUUCUGUUAACAAUUAUGGAAUCUCCACAACAGUUAGAUGAUUCUAUAGAAUAUUGGAAGAAACAAGCGAAAUAUUAUGAACAAAAAGUCAUUGACAUUCAACAAGAAUUGGACGAAUACACGGAGAAUUCUGCACAGCUCGAAAAAGAGUUAGAAGCUUCAUUAGUCCAAGUAGAAAAACAGAACAGAGAUCUGGAACACCAAAACCAAAGGCUUAAAAAUGAAAUAGAAAUGCUUAGGAAUAAGUUAGAAAGAAGUCAGCAUGAGACAAAUGCUUUAGAAAAUGAAUUACAAACACUUAAAAAAGAAAAAGAGAAACAAUCAACAUAUGUUAGAGAAAUAGAGCAGAAAAAUGACGAUCUAGAAAGAGGUCAAAGAGUCAUAGCAGAAUCGGUGGCUUGUAUUGAAGCACUAUUAAAUCAAGCAUAUGAGAGAAAUGCAGUACUAGAGAGUGAGGUGGAUGAAGUUGAAAAUCUCAGGAUUAAAUUACAACGAGCUAAUGAUGAAGCAAGAGAUCUUAAGCAAGAAUUGAAAGUAAUAGAAAAGAUUCCAGCGAUAAAGAAAGAAGACGGAGGUACAAAUGAAAGUGUCUGCAACGGUCACUCGAAUACCUCUCGAACUCAAGUUGAAAUUGAAACACAAACAUCAAUAGCAUCUCCACUUCGACGAGAAAUAAACGGAAAUGCGAUGACUCCAUCUUCCCGAGUGUCUGCUAUAAAUAUAGUGGGAGAUCUACUGCGGAAAGUGGGGGCUUUGGAAUCAAAGUUAGCAUCGUGUCGCGGUUCGGUUAGACCUAAAGAACAUUCGCCAAACUCUGCUACGGAUGUGAAUAAGGACUACAGGUGUGUACUCAAGAACUAAGACUUGCCGAAUACAGUAACACGUCAACUUUGCGACAAAUAAACAGCGUCAGCUUUUUAUAGUAUGAUACUAUAUAGAUCGAAUAUUACAAAAAUAGCUUUUGUUUACUCUAUCUAAUAUUAUACUGUGAUUGGAAUCACAUUUCCUAAUAUACUUAUAUCUGUGAUGAUAAAAAUAAAUAAGUUAAAUUUUCGUAAAAACAGAUUUCGGCCUACCCACCGUUGACAUCGCAACACCACACGGGUACAUAGCUUUGCUUCAUGCAUUGUGUUAUAUCUGUUCACAAAACGUAUAUAAUACGAGUUUAAAUCAAGUCAAGUCAGGCAUUACUUACCCAACAAUAAAACGCGUUAAAAGAUUCCAUCAGAAACAAUUUUCGAUAUCAAUCAUAAUAAUUACAAUUAUAAUAUUAUUUGUAUAAAUAUGAUGUACUAUAUUUUCUAUUGGGAGUUUUAUGUAAAUAAUAUAGCACUUUAUGAAAUUGUUGGCACUGAAAAAUUUUAUAAUCAAUAUUAGUUUCAGUAUGUAAAACUUAUGGCGAUUUAUUUUUCAUACACUUUUUAAUUGCAACAUUUAGGAUGUUAUAAUAUUAGAAAUGUGAUUAAUGAAGUACCUAUAUUACCGUGCUAAAACGACGUUAACGAAAUAAUAUGUACCAUAAUAAUAAAUAAGUCCGCAUAACAAUAUUUGCUCAGUAGGUAAUACCGAAUGGGGUGUAUUAAAUAAUUUAUUUAACAGCGUGUUUUUGGAAUUACAUAUUCAACAUUUUUGUGUGACUAACAUGAGUGUGAGUUCUCGUCUGGGAAAGUUUUGUUUUCAGCUUCAGAAUUCAUUGACUACUUCAUUAACAUUCUGUCAAUGUAUUAUUUACAUUCCUUUUCAGUAAUAAAUGUUUUAAUUUAACGUAUCUUUAAUCCUGCAUGCAAUAAUAUAUAAUAUAGUAAAGUUAAGUUACUAUGUAUUUGUACCUUUAAAUUUAAAUCUUGCCUUAAUUUCUAACGCAGUGUUGCAAAAAAUAUAGAAAAAUGUGAAAAAAAAAACAUUUUUACCCAUGUGAAAUGCAAUAGAAUUUAAAUUAAUGUAUCUGUAAGCAAUAAGUCUCAUAUAGAAUAAA